AUGGAUGGAGAUGACGGCUUCGAUUAUCUGUUUAAGAUAGUAUUAAUAGGAGAUAUGGGGGUAGGGAAGACCUGCGUUGUUCAACGCUUCCGAAAUGGCACAUAUGUGGACAGGCAAGGAACUACGAUUGGCGUUGAUUUUACAAUGAAAACUCUAGUCAUAGAUGGAAAAAAGGUUAAACUGCAAAUUUGGGAUACCGGUGGUCAAGAGCGAUUUCGAACGAUCACACAGUCAUACUAUCGAUCUGCCAAUGGGAUUGUUCUAUGCUACGACAUCACAUGUAAACAAUCUUUCACUAGUCUGCAGAGGUGGAUAGAUGACGUGUCCAAAUUCGCUGCUCCAAAUGUUGUAAAGUUGCUCGUUGCAACCAAGUGUGAUUUAGAGGAACAGCGAGUAAUUGAGAGCGAAGAAGGUGAAAUAGUGCAGAGGGCGAAUGGUAUGUUUGCAAUGAUUGAGACGAGCGCAAAGAGUAACGUGAACGUGGAUGCCGCUUUUCUGGAGUUGGCUACCAUUCUGAAACGACAGUACGACCAAGGAGUGCAUCGUGACUCAGCAAGUACCGAUACGUUCCGACUAGGAUCCGGAGGCACGACGCCUAUUGGAACCACGUGGCAACAGUGUUGUCAAUGGUACUAG